AUGCAGCCUUACACCGACUAUCCUGCUGAAAAGGGCGCUGAGACGUUGCCCGCACCGGUGGCGACGGAGCGCAAGCAGCGCUCGCGUCGUGCGCGUCUCAUCCCGGCGCUUCUGUGCGCGGGCUUCUUCGCGCUGGGCAAGUUCUCGAACUAUGGCAGCACCGCGCGGGCACCCAAGGCUGUUGUGCCUGCUGGCCCUGCUGCCGUCGAGCUCGGUCUUGAUGUGCAGGGGAUGUGCCCGCAGACGGGUCCCAUAGCGCCGAGCGCGAAUGCGGAACUUGCAUCUGCCCUUGAUCAGCUGCUCAAGAAGCCAGAGAACAAACAAUGGUUCUAUGACAACCUUUCUGGCGUCAUUCGUAUUCCGACCCAGGUGUACGAUGAUAUCCCGUCGCCGAGUACGGGUGAUAAGCGCUGGGAUGGGUUCGCGACGCUGCACAAGUUCUUCGAACAGCGCUUUCCCCUCAUCCACUCCCAACUUCAAGUGACCAAAGUCAACACCUAUGCUCUUGUCAUUCACUGGCAAGGCUCGGACGAGUCGUUGAAGCCCAUCAUCUUGACGGGUCACCAAGACACUGUCCCUGUUCUUGAAGAUACUCUCGACCAGUGGCUUCACCCGCCGUUCUCCGGAGACUACGACGGCACUUGGAUCUGGGGUCGUGGCAGCUGCGACGACUCUGGCUCCACCGCCUCGUUGAGCGCCAUCGAGACUCUUUUGAAGAUUGGAUUCAAGCCAAAGCGGUCGAUCGUACUGGCGUACGGUAUCGACGAGGAGCGCGGUGGCGAGCAUGGUGCCGGCCAUAUCGCCCAGUACCUUCUUGAUGUGUACGGCAAGGACGGCUUCGCGUUGCUUGUUGACGAGGGUGGACACUAUGAGGAGCAUGACGAUGUCAUCAUUGCCUUCCCCAACACCGCGGAAAAGGGCAAGUUGAACGUCCAGAUCGAGGUCACGACUCUCGGUGGUCACUCAAGCGUUCCUCCGCCGCACACGGGUAUCGGAUACCUCUCGACGCUCAUCACCGCUCUCGAGGACCAUCCUUUCCCCGUCAAGUUGAACCGCAACGGCACGUACUUCGAGAAGCUGCAGUGCGACGCCGCGUACGACGAGUCCCUUCCGGCUGAGUACCGCUCGCUCGUUGCCAAAGCUGGCCACGAUGACGCAGCGCUCGCUAAGGUUCAGGAGUAUCUCAUUGCGGAGAACCCUAACUUCUACAAGGCAAAGUUCGGCACGUCGCAAGCCAUCGAUCUCAUCAGCGGUGGUGUCAAGGUCAACGCUCUGCCCGAGCAUGUAUCUGCCGUCGCCAACCACCGCAUUGCUGACUGGAGUUCCCCUGAGGACGUGCGCGCGCGCUACCUUGACGUUCUGACGCCCGUCGCGAAGGACCUCAAUCUCACGCUCGAGUACUUCGACCGCACUGCUGCCCCCUCUUACGAGGCAACCAUCGCCUCAAGCGGACACAUCCGUCUUUCUGACAUCUUCGACGAUCCGCUUGCGCCUGCACCUAUCACGCCUACUUUCGGCAGCCCUGCGUGGGAGCUACUUGCGGGAACGAUUCAGUCGACUUUGGCGGGCGCCAUUCGCGAGGACAAGCCCAUCAAGCCGUCUGUUGUUGGCCCAGAACUCGCGAUUGGCAACACGGACACGCACUACUACUGGGACCUCACGCGGAACAUCUUCCGCUACAGUCACUUGGGAAGUGGCGAUGCUUACAACGGAGCACACACUAUCAACGAAGCCAUUCGUGCUGAGGGCUUCUUAGAGAAGGUUCGCUUCUACUCGCGCCUCGUCCUUAACGCGGAUGAGACGCACUUGCUGGAUGGCCAGUAA